AUGGCCGCCACACAAGACGACCCUGAUGUUCACCUGGUUGCUGAUGACGAAAUUUCCGAUAGCGAACAGGAUCUUGAGAGCAUUCGCUCAGAGACCACUAGCAUAAAGGACUCUAUCCUUGAGUACAGAAUUGAGAAUGGAAGAUCCUACCAUAAGUACAAGGAUGGGAAUAUGCAACACGAAAUAUGCCUCCUCACAUUCCACGAGAGACUUGGAUUCGCCCCUCCUUGUGACGAAGGUGCAAAAGUCGGCCGCGUUCUUGACCUUGGCACCGGGACCGGCCUCUGGGCUAUUGACUACGGUGACCAACACCCAGAGACGGAGGUGCUAGGCGUCGAUCUGUCUCCCAUCCAGCCACGAGACGUCCCUCCUAAUGUCAAAUUUGAAGUCGACGAUGUCGAGGAGGAAUGGCUGUAUUCUCGGCCCUUUGAUUACAUCCACCUUCGAUUCAUGAACGGGUCUAUUUCAGACUGGAAGAAGAUCAUUCAAAAAGCCUACGAUCAUCUCGUCCCCGGUGGCUAUUUUGAGAUUCAGGAAGGCGAUUUUGUCAUCAAAGCUGACGAUGAUACUUUACCCCCUGAGAAGCCUCUGGCUCAGUUUACUUCCCUCAUUCGAGAAGCUGCAGAGAAGUUUGGGCGCAGAUUCGCUCCUAUCCCCGAGAUGAGGGAGGCCAUGGUCGAUGUUGGGUUCGAGAACGUUGUUCAACAGGAUUUCAAGUGGCCCUCCAACCCAUGGCCGAAAGACGAGCACUACCAGAGAAUCGGCGAAUGGAACUUCCAUAACUUCGUGGAUGCCGCUGAAGCUAUGGCUCUUGCACCUUUGACCCGAGUUCACAAUUGGACGAAGGAGGAGGUUCAAGUCUUUCUUGUGGGUGUUCGUAAGGACAUGAGGGACAAGAAAAUCCACUCGUACAUGCCUAUGUAA